AGUCGUGUUUUGCUGCUGCUGGAGACAAGUCCUUUCACUCUCUAUGCCAAAUUUCAAUUUUGUUCAUUUUUUUUCUCUUGUGUUAAAGUGAAACACUCACAUUGCAAAUAAUAUCUCAUUUUUGUCUGUUACAUCAUUUACACAGAAGUGAGCCCAAAAAUUUUUUCUUGUGUGAAACUAUGAUUAUUCUGUAGUUUAAGCACCACGUCAUUGAAUUUUUUUAAAAGCAAUUUUUGUGACGAACGAGAAAAAAAUCUACGUAUUUUUCGAUAAACGUGUUCUCAAUGUGGACGAAAUCAGAUGAAUGGCACUUUGAAUCUAAAAAUAGAUGAGCUCAACGCACAAGUCAGAGAAGAUCCAAAAAGAGAGAAAAAACAUGAUGUGCAAUUCCAAAGAAAAAAAAAAAAUCUAAAUCAACUAACAAAUUGAGAGUAGUGUAAUCAAAUAGAAGAAAAUGUGUAAGUAAAAAGUGACACAAAGGUAGAACAAAAAAAAAAUUGUUCACGAAAAAAAAAUUUGGGUGGGAAAAGCACAAAUAUAAUACAAAUACACGAAUGUAUAAAACAAAUAUACGAAAUGGUAUGACCGUUUGGCGGAGCCAAAUGGGGUGAGAGUGACACAUACAAUAAAAGAGUGGAUUUGAGUAAAUGUCUCGUUUUUAAUUUUACUACGUCGAAAUUUAAUUAUAAUUAAAGCAACGAGAGCGUGGAUAUGUACACAGGCCAAUAGUGAUGCAAAAGAGAACAUGGAAAAGGACUUUAAUAAUUUAUAACCAAGAAAAUUUGGGAUUAAAUUUUUUGGGUAGUGUGUAUGUAUGUAUGUGUGUGUGUGUUGAAGAAACACACCUCUGGCGCUUUACCCAAAGUAAGUGAAGAAGCACAUACAAUUUUGCAUGAAUAAAAAGCGUGAAACAUUAAUUCCAAAAUUAGCUACAUUCGUCGAAAAGCUUUUAGCCAUUUCCUUUGAGCGAAUUUUCCGAUAGAGAAAUUCCACAACAACGGUAUGUGAUAACCGCUGCUCAGACGACGACGACGACGACGACGAGGACGACGACGAGAGAGCGAGAGAAAAAGAGCAAAAAAUGGAGUACCGAAGAUAAUAAUAUUGUGUGGAUAAGCCACGCAAAAUACCGUUGAGUGGUGUUAACACAAAUGAAACAGCAUACACACGAACUGUACUAUAUAUGAGUUAUUCGAAUGGAAAAUGGUGUUAAAAUUCCUUUCCUAAUAAAUAGUUCACAUUCAUCUUUGACAAGCAGCUAUUUAAAGUGUUAAAGACUGUAAUGUGUAAACGUCCUGUUAAUUCUUAACAAAAUGACUCGCAAAUAUUGCUGUAAUAUUGCUCAACUGAUUGAAAUUUUGAGCUCAACAAAUUGAUAGAAAAAUAAAUCGAAUUCAAAAAUGUUGAGCCCAAAAAUGCAAAGAUCUGUUCGCGUUCAAGAUAACCAGAUAAUUCACCUGGCUGACCGUGCACAGUAUGACCACUCAAUGCAUGGUCAUCUGCAAAAGCGAACGUCCGAUUGUAAUCGCUGGCAAACAAGAUGGUUUCUCCUCUACCAGAAUCUCUUAUUUUAUUACGAUAAUGAAAAUUCGUCGAAACCAUCUGGAAUAAUAUUCUUAGAGGGUUCCUAUUGCGAACGUUUGACAACACCGCCAGCAUGUGUGGGAUCACCAGUGGCAAAAUCAUCGCAAAAAGAAGACAAAUUACAGCAUUGUUUUACCAUUUCCUAUCGUCGAGAGAACCAACGUCACUAUGAAUUGAAAGCAGCCAGUGAAUCUGAAUGCAACGCAUGGAUCGGAGCGAUAAGGGAGGCAAGCUUCAAUAAAUUAUUGUUGCAAAAAGAGGAACUCGAACAGAAACACGUUCAUUUAUUGCAAGUGGUUGAAAGCGAGAAAACGGCCAAAUGGCAGUACACGCAACAGUGUGAGGAACUUUCAACGGAAAUUAAAAAAUUGCGGAAUGAGAUUUUCAGCUUGCGAAAAGAAUAUUCGAAGCGUCCGUCGAUUUGCAUAAGCCCGGUAAUUCGUCGCGAAAGUUUCGGAAGUAAUAUCGUUACGGGUAAUGUGGCCAAUGGGAGCGAUAUUGUGAGCGGCGUUGGAUCGGCAUGUACCAGUGCCCGGGGGAGUAUCGGAGAAACCAGCCGCGCAUAUUGUCCCCAUAAUGAGUGUUGUCACGCUCAUGAGGAUCAAGAGCCAGCUGAAUUGAAGAAAAUUAAAAAGGUGCAAAGCUUUUUUCGUGGUUGGCUAUGCCGUCGAAGAUGGAAGCAAAUCGUGGACGAUUACAUUAAUUCACCACAUGCGGAGAGUAUGCGAAAACGAAAUAGUCUUGUCUUUAGUAUGGUCGAAGCCGAAGAGGAAUACUGUGAACAACUUGAAGUGUUGGUAUCAUGUUUCUUGCGACCAUUUAAAAUGGCCGCGAGCUCAAAACGGCCGCCACUCACACACGAAGACGUCAAUUCUAUAUUCUUGAACUCUGAAACGGUGUUGUUUCUGCAUCAAAUUUUCUUGAAAGGGCUGACAUCACGAUUAGAGUCAUGGCCGACACUAGUUUUGGGCGAUUUAUUUGAUAUGCUGUUGCCAAUGUUGAGCAUCUAUCAAGAAUAUGUGCGCAACCACCAUUAUAGUUUGCAAGUUCUCACAGAAUGUAAAAGUCGUGCCGAAUUCUCCAUUGUGUUAAGACGCUUGGAAGCGAAACCAGCAUGCAAAGGACGCUCCUUAGAAAUGUUUCUCACAUAUCCAAUGCAUCAGGUUCCCCGAUAUAUUAUCACAUUGCAUGAAUUGUUGGCACACACUCCAUACGACCAUGUCGAGCGCAAAAGUCUGCUGAAUGCGCGCCAGCAAUUGGAAGAUUUAUCACGUCAAAUGCACGACGAAGUGUCUGAAACAGAAAAUUUACGCAAGAAUUUAGCCGUUGAACGUAUGAUUGUUGAGGGUUGCGAUAUACUGCUCGAUGUAAAUCAAGUAUUCGUUCGCCAAGGCAGCUUAAUUCAUGUGCCGGAGGAGAGUAGAGGGCGAUUUCGACGUCGUCUGUCAUCAUUCAAGAGUGAACGUGAGGCGGUGCGUCAAUGUUUUUUAUUUUCUAAUUACUUGAUAAUUGCCAAUAGAACGUCCGGCGGACGAUUACAUUUGUUGCCAGAUUUUGGCCGUAUACCGCUUGCUGACGCACAUCUAAUCGAAGAACCAAACGAUUCAGACCGAGAAGAUGAUGCCGAUCCAGAUGUAUUAUCACAGCGCACGUAUCGAAGUAGCCUAAGUGUAAAUGAAGCAAUCUCCACUGGGAAUCGUGAUUUUAAAGUGGUCGUGGAAAGUAAAUCAAAUGUUAAGCACUGCAUUCACUUAGUUGCGCCCACCGUACAGGAUAAGGAGGCUUGGAUCUCGGACAUUUCGCAAUGCAUCGAUAAUAUUCAUUUGCACACAAUGCUAUCGCCAACAACUGAAUCAAUCGCUUCUUCUAUAGGCCCACAAUUAUCGUUACAUUCGGAUCCGCGUCUAUUCACCGAUGAUAUUGAUAUACGGUUUUCACGUACAUUGAACUCAUGUAAAUUACCUCAAGUUCGAUAUGCCACACCCGAACGUCUAUUGCAACGUUUAACAGAUUUACGAUUUUUAUCGAUUGAUUUUCUCAACACAUUCCUCCUAACGUAUCGAGUGUUCACCGAUGGAGAAACGGUGUUGAAUGCACUGAAAAAAGUAUUUUACGAUGCGCAACCGAAUGAAAAUGACACACAUGACAACGUCAAUGAACGUCUCAACAUACCUGGAAAAAGUGAAACUGAUCAUUCGGCGCCUCGUCGACCAUCCGGAGCAAGUUCGGUUUCAGGUUAUUGUUCAGAAGGUGCUGAUCGUGACCGUUCCAUGAGUGGUGAAUCAACAGCUUUGAAAUUGAAAACGGCUCAUCGUACGCUCAACGAACAAUAUUCAAUUGAUGACGGCGCCACUUGGAUAACCGAAUCGAUCGAUGAAACUCAGGCUGAAUCCCAGGAUAAAAAUGGAGAUGUUAAAAUUCAAAAAACGACCACCGUUGAAAUAUCGGUUCAUCAAGAGACUCCCACAACGCCACCAGCACACGGAUUUUCACCCACCACAAUCAUUACCACCUCGAGUAGCAUGGAUACACUCAACGGGGAAUCGACACCAUUGAAUUUACUGAGCGGUCCAUCAUCUCCAUCGAAUUUGAGCUCCAUUACACUCGUUGGUUCGACUGGAUCCGGUUCAGUGCCCAAUGAAAACGACAAGGACAGUUCACAGGAAAAGAGAGAAUUCACAUAUACUAAAGACUACGCACCAACGAGUCCUUUGCCAGAACGGAAACGAAAACCUGCCGCUCAAGAAGAUGUGAAUAAAAUCGAAAGUGAGCCUAAAGCCGAGACAUCAACAACGCAGAAAAUUACAACAACAACCACAACCACAACAACAACGGAAAGUGAUACAGCGAGUAAAAGUGCGAAAAAAACGGAAAUAAUUAGUUCUAAGCCGAAAAUCAUAUCAGCCGUUGCGAAAAGUGUGCUGCUCAAAGAUGAGGGAAGCAAACCAUCAUCGACUCACUCCACUCCAAGCAAAACGAGCAGCAACGUUCUACAACCGAUGUCAUACUUGACAAUGAAUCGGAGACCAAGUGCUGGCACGAUUGGCGUUCCGGUAGCUGCUUUAACACAACAUCGACGCAGCUUGCAAUUGAGCAGCUCUGAAGGUGGAUUCGGAUUUGGUCCAAAGUUUCCUCCAAUCGAACGUCCAAUCAGCCCUCGAAGUAGCCGUCGUGCUUCGAAAACAACCGAAAAAAUCAGGAAAACUUUGUUUGGAACACCUUCAAAAGAUAAUUCAAGACGUUUCUCCGAGAGCGAUGACGAUACAUCGAAUACGACUUCAUUUUUCACAACGCCCCGUGGAUCGGUCGGAGGCUCAUCGUAUGGAACCAUUUCACCGCGAGCGUCCAUUCAACAUGACGCUAUUCCAUGCAGUAGCAAAGUUGGCGUUGUUAUCACAUCAUACAGGCAAUCACACAGAAGUUUUGGACCAGACCCUUUGUGGAGUAGCACGUCUACUGCAGCGGCGGCGUUUGCAAUAGCCACUUCGGCUUCCAGCAAUCCACGUGACGACACAUUCGAACAGCCAAUUAAGGAGAACGAUGAACGAUUAGUCAGCUCGCCAGCCACAAUACGUGUAUUGAAUGUGUUACGUCAUUGGGUAUCGAAACAUUUUCAAGAUUUUGAGCAAGAUGCUGCCUUAAGAGCACAAACCAUAAAAUUUUUAGAAGCGGUCACAAUAAGUGCGCAUUUAUUACCAGUAGAAAUUCGAGCUGCCUCUCAGCUCCUUCGUCUAUUGUGUCGUGAAGAUAUGGAGCAUAAUCAACUCAAACUACAGCUUUUAUUAGCACCACCCACCAUACCGAGCAAAGAAAGCAUUGAAACAUUAUCGGCCCUUGAAAUUGCUGAACAAAUGACGUACUUGGAUCAUCAGAUAUUUGUAAACAUACGUAGCGAGGAAUUCUUGGGCCAAGCUUGGAUGAAAUCCAGUAAGAAAACACAGGCCGAGCACAUUUCCCAAAUGACAACAAGAUUCAACGAUGGCUCACGGCUUGUUUGCUCGGAAAUUAUAUCACGGAACAAUAUGCAGGCUCGUGUUGCGGCUAUCGAAAAGUGGACAGCAGUCGCUGAUAUUUGCCGUUGCCUACACAAUUUCAAUGGAGUUUUACAAGUUUGCGCUGCAUUUACCAAUGCUGCCGUCUUUCGCUUGAAGAAAACAUGGGAUAAAGUACCAAAAACGAUCAAACACACUAUAACGAAACUUCAGGCAGUGGUUUGUUCAGACGGACGCUUUCGUGCGAUGCGUGAAGCCCUACACCGUUGUGAUCCGCCUUGUAUUCCAUAUUUAGGCAUGUAUCUUACUGAUUUGUCAUUCAUUGAAGAAGGAACACCCGACUUUACGCCCGAUGGCCUGCUGAAUUUCUCCAAAAUGAGAAUGCUUGCCCAUGUGAUUCGAGAGAUUCGUCACUUUCAACAAACUCCAUACAAAAUCGAGCACAUUCCCAAAGUCACUUCCUACCUUCUCGAUGGAUCAUUGUUACUGGAUGACGAUGAAUUGUAUUCGAAAUCAUUGCAAAUUGAGCCACGAACAUCGCGCUUGAGCGCACCAAAUACAUUACUUGUGUGAUAGGACACUGGCUCCGAUUCAGAUAUUCAAAUAUAAAUUUACCAUUAAUUUCUGUUUUGGACAUCACCAAGUUUCUUUCAAUUUUAUGAUUUCAAAUCAAAUUUUCGUUCAUAUUUUGUAGGAUAAAGGCAAUAGAAAAGAAAAAUGAUCAAAUUUAUUUGUUUAUUUUAUUAUAAAUUGCUCAAUGUAAAACGAAGUUGGAAACAAUUAGUUAAUUUAAAUAUUCUUGCUUUCAACACUUAUAGCAUCUUAUUUUCCAAGAGAAAAAAAAAACGAAACGAAAUGAAUUUAGGUGUAGGUGGGUUUCAAUGUGAUGAAUUUAAAGAGUAUUGUAGAUAUUAUAUUAUAAAUGAUUUCGAUGCAAAAGUGAUGUUCAAACAUCCAGUUUCAGUGAUGCGAUUGGAUGGAUUCGUACUAUCGAACGGAAAUAAUGUAUGUGAAAUCAUCAUUGAGAGUUGUCGUACCUGUUACGUUUAAAGAAAAAGAAAUUGAAGAAACCGUGUACAAGCAUUGCAUGCGGUGAGUCGAUAUUUAGUGAGAAUUAACACUUUGGCAAUUGCCAUCAUUACCGUAAACAAUUAAUAAGAAUAAAACAUUUUAGAUUUACGAUAGGCUUUCAGAAAGUUUUUGAGUUAAAAAACAAUGGCCAAACACAAAACAAGUCAGAUUCGAUCAGGUAACUGACUUGUUCGUUUCACAUCUUUCUUUGAUUUAGCGGAAAGCAUAUUCCGGAUCAUACACAAUUAAAAAUUAUAUUUUAAACAUUCCUGAUGUAUGAAUGGAAGAAAACUAAAGCAUCGGUAGUAUGUUUGCACAAUUCGAAUUCAAAUUUUUUGACAACGUUUAUAAAAACCAAUGAAAUAUUUCUAAAUCAAGAAUUAGAGAAAAAUAUUUGAAAAAAUCUUUCAAGACAAAAAGGACAAAAAACAUUCACAAAUCAAAAUGAAUGGAGAAUUUCUCGCGUCUAUUAAAUUUUAAUCCAAAUCCAAUUUUGAAUGCAAAUACUGUCUUCCUCAAUUAAAAAAAAAAAAGCAAACCAGCCUAGAUAUAUCGCAACGUUCCCGUCUUCAAUCUUUCGUAUUGUUAAAGAGGAGUAAAUCAGUUGAAGGACAGUCAAAUACGAAAAAAUCGAAGAUCUGUUUGUCAGUUGAUGCUGACCUUCAAUCAAGAAAUGCAUUGAGCGCACAUCACUGGCCCUAUAUUCGCAUUGUGCAAUUCACAUUUCUUGAAUUGCUAUCAUUGGUGCUGGCACCAUGUUAUUAUUAUUCAGUUUCACACUACAAGGCAUCUGAUUUCUUCUUUGUGAUGUGGUGCAAGAACAAUUCUAGGUCAAACUUUUUCUACCUCUACAACUAUCUCGCUUUUUAAAUACACACAAACUACAUAAAAAUGAUAUUUGUACAAGACUUGCACUCUCGAAACGAAGCCAUGCGCUUCUUGAUGUGCAUAACAGAAAAAAAAACCGUAGUUAGCAGUAGAUGUACGAUAUCAAAACAUAAUGGGAUCGAUUUCCUGUUUCUUAAUUGUUCUUGAACUCUUUUUAAAGCAUAUAUAUACACAUACAUUAUAUCUAAAUAUAACAUUGAAGAAAAAACGUUCUAUCUUUUGUGUGACAAUCUUAAAGAUAAUGCAAAACCACAGAAAAACAAAAACAAACACUUUUAUCCUACGACUCUUUUUGAACAAUUUAAACAUAUUUUUAAGCAAUAAGUUAACAAUCUAAUGUGAAUCGUCGUCCCAAAACCACUAAUCAUGCUACGAGCAAUGUUGCUAUUAUACAGAUGAGAGGUGUAAAACCAAUCGGCUUUGUUCUGGACACUGAAUCAUACAGUGAUAUGUUAGAAUUGGAGUUUAUUUUCAUAAAGACUAUGUAGUAUUUGUAAGAUUAAGUUUAUUCGGUGUCACACAAUUACGGUGUGAUAAGCCGAAAAUAUAGAAUUCUACUUGGCAUCCACUUUCGGAAAUAAACACUUUCAAUGGAAUAUCAAAAAAUCAAACACUAAAUAGAACAUAAAUCUACUGUGGAAUUGAUCGAAUUGCCCAUCACUAGUCUAAACUUGUUAUUACAAUCUAAUGCUGUAGUCAAUCAAUGUAAUUAUAGAGAAGUAAAAAAUGUGACAAAAAUAGCAUUUACAGCGGAUCAUCUGUUUAGCCCUAGAGCACUUUUUUCUACCGAAUAGUCAUAAUGACCUCACUAUCGCAUUUAUGAUCCACCUAUAUGUUGGCCUUUUAUUCUUCAUGACCGGAAGUUUCCAUGGUGAAACAUCCAGAACCAUUAUUAUAAUAUACUCACUCAACUGCACCCUAUUUAUUACAAUGAUCUGAAUUUACAAUGAAAAAUGUACAGGUAUAUAUUUUUCAUCUUGCUCACUGUUUCUUUGUGUACAGUACACUCAAGAUGAAAUGAAAUAAUGCAGUAUGGAUGGACUAUAAAUGAAAACACAUAUUUGCAUGGCUUCUUGUUAGAAGAAGAGAAAGAAAGAAGGUACAUUAUUGGUCUAUUUAAGCUGGCUUUGUAUCGUUGUUCAUGCUGAAAAAAAGUCCCCAGAUGCCGAUUUCGUAGGUGAUAAGAGUAUAAAUAAUAAAUAUUUUGAGGUAUUUUGUUUCCAAUCGUAUAUAUAAACGACCAAUAUAUUUCUUUACCAGCCAGCGUAGAUAGUAUUCUAACAGCAGACAAGAAAAAGAAAAUUUUAAAAUCAAAUGAUCAAACAUGAAAUGUAAAUUAAUAAGUGUUUUCCCGUUGCAACAAUUCAACUUAAAUAUAUCUUUGAAUUUUAUCGUCAUUUUUCCACCAUCUCUCCCCCCAGAAAAAUAAAAUCAUUUUACAAAUUUGCAAGUAAUUCAAUCAUGAUAAAAAUGAAACUUGCUCUGGAACGAUGUCGUUGUUCCCUCACUUCCAUAUAUAGAGAAUAUAGUUUAGUGAUGCACGAUAUAAUGCAGCUAUCUUAACGUUAAAUAGAAGAUAAGAGUUGAGGGAUUUUUUUUCUGUCUUCUUGGCAUUUGCAAUUAUGCGUCAUAGGCCAAUGUGACUCAAAGCUUGUGCUUUUAGUAAGCAAAUUACCUUUUUUGAUUAUAUACAGCAAACAAAAUUCAAUUUCGAACAAUUAAGUUCAAGAGUUCGACGAAUAAACAAGUUAUAAAUUGCAGUAGCCGGGAGCAUGAUCAGAUUAAUUCAAAGCAAAGAUAACACGAAAGAUGAUUCGAUUUGAAAAGGCAAAUAUAUUUUUUAGUAGAUGUCAUGGUUAAUUUUUAGUAAUCAAAAGUCUAUUUUUCUGUAAAAUUGAAGGAAUAUUUUUAUUCAUAUGCUUUAAAUUUUCGAAUGUAUCAUUAAAAUUAUGGGCACAACCAGGAUUAAAAUUAUUGAUUAACACGCUAAUUGAUUUUUUUUUUGUUUCAAAACAGUGUUCAUUGGUAACACUCACGCCAAAUUAAUGGAAAGCAAAGAAAAAGUUCAGAUGGUAAUGCGAUUUGAAUAUUUUACGAAAUUAAGCAGAGCGCUGCAUUUAAUCACAAUCAUCUAACGCUUGUGCACAUGAAUUCAUCAAUUGCAUAACACAAAUAUGUUUCGAUAUACCCUGAAAAAAAAUUGUGAAGAGAAGAAAAGUCUACGUUUAGGAGCAAUACUCUUUUUUUUGAUAGAAAGCACCUCUAAAUACAAUCGACACAAACCGAUAAGCAAUUGAGAUUUUGCCACUGAAAUACACGUAUUACUUUCCAAUAUACUAUAUGCAGGGUACAAAUAUGCCUGUAAAGUUAUAUUGGUUAAGCAAAAAAAAAAAAAUCAUUUUUAAGUGAACAAAAUAGUUUCUCCCCGCAAAAUUCUCAUUUAGAGUCUGCUCCAGUUGAAUUGUAUUGAAGGUUACAGAAUAAUAUGAAAACUAAACUCCGAAACAUGUUUAAGAAGAAAAAAAGCACAACAAUAAAGAAACUUGAAUAGAACAUAAAUCGGUUAAACGUAACAACUUGAUAGGUUUUUGCAUCGCGCUGAACUUUUUCCAUUAAAACUAGUAUAAUACACACCCGAACUGGUGGGUGGAUGGACAUAUAACUACAGUUGGUUAAACCGUGAAUUUUUAAAACAAAUCAAUCCACUUCAUUACACUUGCCAUAACUCAAUAAAUGCCUUUUUAUUAACCAAAAUGCCGAUUUUCCAAUUUAUGUGUUAAAUGAACAAAUUACCGUACAAAUACACACUGAACCUGUUUUGUAAAAUUAAUAACAAAAACAACAACAACAAUUUCCGUGCAAACAAUUGUUCACAUAAAUAAAACCUAAUGUCAAUUAAAAUGAAGACAUAUUUCAUAUGAAUAUAGAGUAUAUAACUAAAUGGAACUUCAUUUGUUCAUUACCUGAUGAUUUUGAUGAAUUUGUCCACGUCAGUGCUAUUAGAUAGUAAAAAUUCAGAGAGAAUUUCGUCAUGUACCAUCAAUCUACUUGAUAUAGUGACGAAAAUAAUCUCAUAAAAAAUUCAUAAAAAAAUCAAUAGCGAACAAAAAAAAAACUAUUUUCCGAAUGUUGAGUGUUGUUCACUAUUCAAAUUUGUUGUCACAAGAAAUAUUUAUUGUUGAGAAGAUACAAAAAAAAAACAUUUAUUGAAUGUCUGUUGAAAUGCAAAACUCAAUUCUCCUUUCAAUUUUUGAAAAAUAAAAAAAAAUACUUCAAAAAAAAAAA